CGCAAUGUGCUGGUGUUGGUGAGCAGUAGCGCUUGUGGUAAGCAUAAAAAGCAUCGGACGUUUGCACAUCGGUCAAAGUGUACCGCAACAUCAUUUCGAUUCCAUCGCUCGGCGUGUUCGGGUGUGCGUAACGAACCCGCAGCAACCCUCUUGGUGCAUUGUUUUGCUUUCACCAGGCCCUUGGUGCGCGCGUGUGUGUUUCUGUUGGUGUGUCAGUGGACGAGAACCUACGUGUGGUGCGUGGAGUGACCAGAACGUCCAGAGAACAACCUGUUCACUCUUCAUAUUCUUGACCGCGCCCGCUCAAGUGUGAUUUUGUGACGGCGUGUGUGUGUGUGUGUUUGUGUAUGGUUCCGUUUUCUUUUGUGUGUUUCGAAGCAGAGAGCUAUGUCUGGCACGUUCCGGGCGGACCAGUGGCAACAGUGAGAACGGUACGCGAACCAGAAGCCCUUCAAAGUUUGUUUUCAGUUUUUGUGGCCACCGUCCGUAUCCGGUCGUGAUUACGGGCUUAGAAAUCUUUCUUCUACCUUUUCGUUGCUUCCUCCCGAACCUCGGCCGGGGAGUUGAGAACCGGUUUUCGUAACCUCCGGUGUACGGUAGUGUUAGUUCUUCAAGGGUGGAAAGUGUGCGAUGGUAGCCUAACCAAUACCCACCCACUACGUCACGAUCAACUCCAGGAAAUCCACGAUCAUCUCCAGGAUCAAGAUCUGGUACCGUCUGUCAAAAACAAAAUAAAACCCAACCAGCCAGCUUCAAGUGAAUAGCUCAACAACCGUGGCGUAAUGGCGAGCAGGCGAUCCUCGAUGAGUUGCGCUGGUGGCCAGUAUGGUCGGUAUCUCGUCUUCCUUAGUGCGUGCCUUCAACUGCUUCCGUUGGUUUGGACCGUGUCACGGUCCUCGUCCGUUACGCUCGAGUCUCGGAUGAGAGAUGAUCCAGAUUUAUCCGAGUUCUACUCGUUAAUCGAGCGAGAUGAAAUCGCCAUGUCGAAGCUAGUCCACCAUUCACUAACAAUAUUUGCACCAACGAAUCAAGCCUUCCAGCGGUACCUCAACAACAAGACGAUGCUCAACUAUCACAUGUCGUCCACUCCACUACGGUUAUCGCAGCUCGGCGAUACGGUACGUUCGCUUAAUGACGAUGGUACACCGCUGUACAUCACCAGGAAACGCCCGCUGAGCGGCAUGCAGGAGGAUCUGUACGUUAAUAGUGCGAAGAUUAUCCGGGAGCGUUCCAAUAUGGAGUUUAAAAACACCCGUGGUUACACGCAGAUUCUGCACAUUAUAGACGAUGUGCUGACGCCUAUAACGACGGUGUUUAACAAAACGCUGGAUACACCCAAUCCGGAUGCUUUCGGAUUCCUGCAGAGCGUGGAGGCGAUCAACAUUGAGCCACAUCGGGUGCGAUCCUUCCGGAAAAAGAUACUCAACCUGAAGCGAGACCAAGUGUUCAAGAAACCGGGCAUCUCCACCUUCUUCAUACCGGUCGAGACGGGCUUUAAGGUACCACCGUACCCCACCUUGAGCAUGGUGGAUAAGAGAGUGAUUGAUGGGCAUGUCAUACCGAACAAAGCCAUUUUCACCACGCCUGCUCCGUAUGGACAACCUUUGGAGACGCUCCAGUUUGAGGAUGAUCUACGGGUAACGAUAACCUUCUUCCGGCACGACACCGGCAAGAAUGCGCGAGUGUUUGUGGUGUCCAACACAAUGUACUCCAACUCGCGACUCACUCCUGGCGCUGUAAUAGCGGAAAUCGUCAAGGCAAACAUCCCAGUUGCCAAUGGUGUUGUGCAUUUGAUUCACCGUCCACUAGUCAUUGUCGAUAUGCAUGGCCUUGAGAUGCUUACGGACAACAGUCACACACUGUGGUCCAAAUUUCGGGACUUGAUUGAGGAUUAUGCACCAGACUUCCUGAACAUACUGCGAGGUAUGAACCAGAUGACGAUCUUCGUACCGCAGGAUGACGCUGUUUCGCAGAUGAUGCAAACAAACUUCAUGAGCAAUCGGAAGAAACUGCGCGAGGUGCUUUUGAUGCACGUAGUACCGGAUGCUAUUACGAUCGAUAAAAUAAAGCGUAACAAUCAGAACCAUAUUUACCAAAUACCAACCAUGAGCAGCCGGCGCUUUAUUUACUUCAACCUGAACGAAAACCGAACCACUCACGCCAAAAGUGUCACUGUCGAGGGUGGAGGUGUUAAUGCGUCCCUGAUCCUGGGCGAUAUUGCCACCAAGGAUGGCUACAUUCACAUCAUCGACCGUAUGCUCGGCGUAUCGUACAUGACCAUGCAGGAGAAGCUUGAAACCGAUCCAAUGUUGAAUCUCACGUAUCACUUUGGAAAGUUAAACCACUUUAACGACCAGCUCAACAUGACGAACAAACGCUUUACGUUCUUCGUACCGAGGGACAAGGCCUGGAUUCAGUGGUUUAUUGAGCAUCCGGCUGCAAAUCUCGACGAUUUUGUGCGGAACCGUGACCAGUCUCGUCUGGUGUUGGAGCAACAUCUGAUCGUUGCCGAUCGGGUGUUUAGUAUGGGUGAUCUUCGGAAUAUGUCCCACGACUCACUCAUCCUGCCUACGCUCGGUCCCGAGAGCUUACAGAUUCGCGUCAAGGAAGAAGACAACAGGUACUUCAUCCAGUGGAAGGAAACGGGCCGCUGGACCACUGUGUUCCGUGCCGAUGUGGAAUGUACUAACGGGCUGAUCCACGUUAUCGAUACACCGUUCGUACACGAGUAUGACAUGAUCACUAGCGGUGGUAGUGAGGUCCACCAUACUGGACCAAUCCUAAUACUGUUGGUGACAGUAUUAUCCAUGUGCACCGCCUUGGAAAUGUUCUGAAAGUCGUCCAAAGUCAACGUUUGUAAGGCACACCGCCAUAAGAGGAUACCGAUUGUGGAUUAUGCUUACGGGUUCGAGCUGUCUGCCGAUGGAUCAGCUUGAACUGUUAUUUUGUUGCCAAAUAUUUGGGUUCGCGUUGAGACUCUCUUUAGUAGUAUAGUGGUACCGGUAGUUUGAAUUUGAAUUCUGUUUAUUGCCCUGAUAGUGAUUGUUGUUAAACAUCUCUCUCUCUCUCUCUCUCUUACUCUUUCUAUACUCUCUCUCUAUCUCUGUAUCUCGUAAUAGAUAUUGUUUUAAGUGAAAUAAGUUGCAUUUCAAGAAUCUCGUAUUUAACGGCUGCGGCCUAUAUCCAGGUCGGUUAUUUUUACAUUUUACUUCACGAUGAAGUCUAGCAUGUACGUUAGCAUAUGUAAGGAAUGCUUGUGACGUUGGUUUAGUUUUGUGUGUAGCAUACUGUUCCUUUCUUUCCUCGGAAAACCAAAAAAAAAAGGGUUAAAAUACUAAGGCGUUAUGAUUGGUUUGCAUUGAUUUCUAGUGUGUGCAGUAUAUCUACUCUUAUUAUAUCUCCUUCCUUCGCUUUUCAUACACGAUAUCCGUACCUUUUUCAAUGUGUUCGUGUGCCUUAAUAUACAAUUUAAAAUAUAUAUACAACCAAAACCACAAACCGACCCGAAGAAAAGGAACACUACCAUGCCGUAACUACCGUAUUGCCUAGUAAGAAAAUGCCUUCUUCUGCCUGCAGACGAACUACUAUAGAUAACAAAUUCUACCGCUGGCAAACUGUUGAAACGAAGUAAGAUAAGCGACAAAAUCAAGCUGCGUGUCCAUAUUUUGUGUGCGUGUGUGUGUCUAAUUGUUGAAACCAUAUUUACAACACCCCCAGGAACGUGUGUGCAAAAUAGCUGGAGGACUUCUGGAAACCAAAAAAAAAAAAACAAACAAAAUGGCCACAAACACAAGACGAAAGCCAAUGCAUGCACCAAGUGACGUGAUUAGUUUGGAGCAAAGAGUUGCUGCUAAAAUGAUAUUAAAAUAGUCAUCUUUUGAUACUAAAUGACCUCCCCAAUCCUUCCACCAACCCCUAUCCUGCCCGCAGUCCUCUUCUGAUUUUUUUUGUCAGGACAAAAGAUGAUUCUAGGCGUAAGUGACGCAUUGCCAAAUUAAACGUAAACUAAUCUAGUAAUGGAAGUAAAGCAGGAAAGCAGGGAAAAAAACCAGUUCUUUGAAUAUCGCUUCAUCAAACUCAUAAAUUCCUUUCAAUGCCUUAUACCGGAGAAAAAAAGUGUAGUUAUCGUGCUCUGUUUUCUUGGAUUAACUUGUUUUGACGAUUUGGCGUGUGCCUUCUGUUUUUGUGUCUUGAAUCCUAGUAUAAGUGUCAAUACCUUUAAUAGCCUGUAAACAAAGCAUAAAAACCCGAUCUAAUGUAAUAUUGUAACAAGAAAACUGUAACCUGUAGCUUGAAUGAAUUGAACAGCUAAAUAUAAGACGAUACUAUGACAGAACGAG